UGGCGGGCGUCUAUGGAAGGGAAAGACGAGAAGGGACGUGUAUAUUUAUGUUGUUUUAAGCUCAUAAGACUAUAAAAUAUCGGUUUUACAAGUGUUUUAAUACACAGUGAAAUAUUAAUCGUUACAAUACAUCAAAUAAUAUGCAUUUCUAAUGUCAAACAUUGCUGGAUAUCUGAAAUUAAAGACGCGGCUUACUUUGCGUCAUUUCGAGUCAGUGAAAUUUUUGUUUGUUAGGUACUUUGGUAUGUUGUAAUAAAGAAAAAUAACAGUGAAGUCGUGAACAUGGCAAGCCCUUCGCCGCAAAACAGUCCCAUGCCGCCUCCGCAGGCGCCAAGCCCGAUGGGACCUCCGACGCAAAGCCCGGCCCCUCCUCACUCGCCACAUAGUCCUUACAACGGACCACCAUCAACUCAUCCACCUGCUCCCGGACAGCCACCGAUGCCUAACCAUAUGUCUCCAUCGGGGCCGCCUAUACCACCAAACAGUAAUGGGCCUCCUGGCGUACCACCACAGCACCCUGGAAUGCCUCCUGGUGGUCACCCUAUGCCUUCUCAUAUGGUAGGACCCCAUAUGCAAGGUCCUCCGGGUCACCCGCCCCAUCCACCUGGCCCUAAUGGCCAUCCCUCCAUGCCUGGAGGCCAGCAUCCUAACAUGCCUGUACAGGGACCUCCACAUGGAUACAUGCAACAUCAAAUUGGCCAUAUGCCUCCUGGACAGGCUCCUCUGCCAAUGGGGGGAGGUCCUCCGCCACCGGGGAACGGACCGAGCGGCGCCGGCGGCGGCGGCAUGGGCAUGACGGGCGCGCUGCACGCGGCCGCGCACAUGCCGCCGCACCACGCUAUGCUGCCGGCCGGCGCCGCGCCCGGCUACGUGGGCUCCGCGCCGCAGCCGCACCCACCACACCCGCACCCGCACCCGCAGCAUCCACAGCACCCGCCGCACCCGCCCGCCGCGCAGACGCCGCCGCACCCCGCUGCCGCGUCCGGAAACUGCGCGCCGCCCGCCUCGUCGCCCAUGCAGGGCUCACUGCCGGCGCCCGGCCCGGAUAACCUCAACGCUCUACAGCGCGCGAUAGAUUCCAUGGAGGAGAAGGGACUCCAGGAAGACCCGAGAUACUCUCAGCUACUCGCGCUCAAGGCGCGGUCCAACUCGCAGGAUCCGAAUAAGGGGCUGUUUUCGAAUAUACAGCUCAGUCAGCUCAAGGCUCAGAUAACGGCGUACCGCAACUUGGCGCGCAACCAGCCGGUGCCGCAGCAGAUCGCCAUGCUGGCGGCCGGCAAGCGCAGCGCCGAGGCGCCGCCCGACUGCCCCACGCCGCCCUCGCAGCCGCCAUCACCCUACAGCCAGCAGGGGCAGGGCCAGGGUCCGCCGCCGACGCCGGGCGGCGCGGGCGGCGCCGGCAAGGCGGGCGAGCCGCGCGGCGGCGGCGGCGGCGGCGCGCCCCCCACGCCGCUGCCCAUGACGGGGCAGAUGGCGCCGCCCACACAGCCCACGCCGCCGCUCGUCAACCCGCCCCUGGUCGGUGCUCCUCCGAUGCGCGGGCCUGCGCCCGGUGUGCGGCCGCCGGGCCCCGGUGGCCCAGGUGGGCAGCCCACGCAACAGCCGGGUGUGCCUACUCCAGGUGCUAAGCAGAAUCGUGUCACUAGUAUCCCCAAACCUCCCGGUAUAGAUCCGUUACAGAUACUGAACGAGAGAGAAAAUAGGAUCGCAGCACGUAUCGCGCACCGCAUAGAAAUGCUGUCCAGUUUGCCUGCCAACAUGCCCGAUGAUCUGCGGCUUCAAGCACAGAUCGAACUGCGAGCCCUGCGAGUUCUCAACUUCCAGAAGCAACUGCGAGCCGAGAUUCUAGGGCAAGUCCGCCGCGAUACGACGCUAGAGACGGCUGUGAACAUCAAGGCGUAUAAGCGUACCAAACGGCAGGGACUGCGCGAGGCCCGCGCUACGGAGAAGCUGGAGAAACAACAGAAGCUAGAGGCAGAGAGGAAGCGCCGACAGAAGCAUCAGGAGUUCCUCCAGACAGUCCUUCAACACGCAAAGGAUUUCAAGGAGUUCCACCGCAACAACGUGUCAAAGCUGUCGCGUAUGAACAAGGCGAUCAUGAACUACCACGCCAACGCCGAGCGCGAGCAGAAGAAGGAACAGGAGCGGAUAGAGAAGGAACGUAUGCGGCGUUUGAUGGCCGAGGACGAAGAGGGUUACAGGAAGCUUAUCGACCAGAAGAAAGACAAACGUCUCGCGUUCCUCUUGUCCCAGACGGACGAGUAUAUCGCCAGUCUCACGGAGAUGGUCAAACAGCACAAGCAGGAACAACGCAAGAAGCAACAGGAGGAAGAACGGAGGAAACGGGAACUGCGCAAGAAGCAAGAGGAGGAAGAGCGCAGGAAACUGAAAUCGAGGAAGAGGAAGCUUCUGGAAGGCGGCGAUAUCGAUGCUUUGGAUGAUAGCUCGCAGACUUCAGACUCUCGAGUCAGCGUCAUGGAUCCGAAAACGGGCGAGGUGCUGAAGGGCGACGAGGCCCCGCUGCUGUCCCAACUGAAGGACUGGAUGGAGACUCACCCCGGAUGGGAGGUGCUGUCCGACUCUGAGGACUCUGGAGACGAUAGCCAAGAUGACGACGAGAAGAGAGAGAGAAGGGAAAAGAGAGAUGAGAAGAGUGACAAGGAAAAGACUGAGGAAGAAAAGGCGCGCGACAUGAUCAAGAAGGCUAAAGUCGAAGACGAUGAGUAUAAGACGGAGGAACAGACUUACUACAGCAUCGCUCACACGGUUCACGAGUCUGUCACGGAACAAGCCAGCAUUUUGGUCAAUGGGAAGCUAAAAGAGUACCAGAUCAAGGGUUUGGAAUGGCUGGUAUCUCUGUUCAACAACAAUCUAAACGGUAUCCUGGCGGACGAGAUGGGUCUUGGCAAAACCAUCCAGACGAUUGCACUGGUAACCUACCUGAUGGAGAAGAAGAAAGUCAACGGUCCUUUCUUAAUUAUUGUGCCGCUCAGUACGCUAUCAAACUGGGUGCUAGAGUUCGAGAAGUGGGCGCCAACGGUGUCGGUGGUGUCGUACAAGGGCUCGCCCGCCUCGCGCCGCCUCGUGCAAGCUCAGAUGCGAUCCACCAAGUUUAACGUGCUGCUCACUACCUACGAAUACGUUAUCAAGGAUAAAGGCGUGCUUGCUAAGGUACAAUGGAAGUACAUGAUAAUCGACGAGGGACACCGUAUGAAGAACCACCACUGCAAGUUGACGCAGGUGCUCAACACGCACUACAUCGCGCCGCACCGGCUGCUCCUCACGGGAACGCCGCUACAGAACAAACUGCCCGAACUGUGGGCGCUACUCAACUUCUUACUACCUUCUAUCUUCAAGAGCUGCUCCACUUUCGAACAGUGGUUCAAUGCGCCCUUCGCUACUACUGGUGAAAAGGUGGAACUGAAUGAGGAAGAAACUAUCUUGAUCAUCCGUCGUCUGCACAAAGUGCUGCGGCCGUUCCUGCUGCGGCGACUGAAGAAGGAGGUGGAGAGUCAGCUGCCGGACAAAGUGGAGUACAUCAUCAAGUGCGAUAUGAGCGGUUUGCAACGAGUGCUUUACAAGCACAUGCAGUCAAAGGGCGUGCUGCUAACAGACGGCUCAGAAAAGGGCAACAAGGGUAAGGGCGGGGCGAAGGCUCUGAUGAACACGAUUGUGCAACUACGGAAGCUGUGCAACCAUCCCUUCAUGUUCCAACACAUCGAGGAGAAGUUCUGCGACCACGUCGGCACGGGCGGCGGGGUCGUGUCUGGGCCUGACCUCUACCGCGUGUCCGGUAAAUUCGAACUGCUCGACCGCAUAUUGCCGAAGCUGAAGCAGACGGGCCACCGCGUGCUGGUGUUCUGUCAGAUGACGCAGUGCAUGACCAUCAUCGAGGACUACCUCGGCUGGAGGGGGUUCCAGUACUUGAGAUUGGACGGUAUGACCAAGGCGGAGGACCGUGGCGAGCUGCUGCGCAAAUUCAAUGACGCACACUCGGAGUACUUCAUCUUCCUGCUAUCUACCCGCGCUGGAGGCUUGGGGCUGAACCUCCAGAGCGCUGAUACUGUCAUCAUAUUCGACUCUGAUUGGAACCCGCAUCAGGAUCUGCAAGCGCAAGAUCGCGCGCAUCGUAUCGGACAACGCAACGAGGUGCGAGUGUUGCGACUCAUGACAGUGAACUCUGUCGAGGAGCGUAUCCUAGCUGCCGCCAGGUACAAAUUGAAUAUGGACGAGAAAGUUAUCCAAGCUGGUAUGUUCGACCAGAAGUCGACGGGCUCCGAGCGGCAGCAGUUCCUGCAGAGCAUUCUGCAUCAGGACGGAGAUGACGAAGAGGAGGAGAAUGAGGUCCCCGACGACGACUUGAUCAACGAGAUGAUCGCGCGGUCGGAGGAAGAGUUGGAGAUCUUCAAGCAGAUCGACGCCGAGCGCAAGAAGACGGAGACACAGUCGCGGCUGAUCGAGGAGUCGGAGCUGCCCGACUGGCUCGUUAAGGACGACGAUGAAGUCGUCUGCAAUAAGGGCCAAGGCUGGAACUACGUAGACGAAGAUGAAACGUUGGGUCGUGGCUCCCGUCAACGCAAGGAGGUGGACUAUACAGACUCGUUGACGGAGAAGGAGUGGCUGAAGGCCAUCGACGACGAGUUUGAGGAGGAGGAGGAAGAGGAUGACGACGAUGAGGUGCUCGAUAAGAAACGCAAGAAGGGACGCAAGCGCCGUCGUCAAGAUGAUUCAGAAGAAGAAGAAGUGCCGAGUUCGUCUAAGAAAAAGAACAAGACGGAAGCGAACUUAUUGAAGAAACGACUGAAGAACGUCAUGAAGAAAGUCAUCGACUACGCUGACGAGAACGGCCGAGUGCUGUCGGAGCCGUUUAUGAAGCUGCCGUCUCGCCGCGAACUGCCCGACUACUAUGACGUCAUCAAGAAACCACUCGAUAUCAAGAAGAUCAUGACGAGGAUCGAAGACGGAAAAUAUAACGAGAUAGCUGACUUGGAGCGUGACUUCUUCACUCUAUGCGCGAACGCUCAGACUUACAACGAGGAAGCGUCGCUUAUUUACGAGGAUUCUGUGCGUUUGCGCAACGUUUUCAUAGAAGUUCGCCGCCGAUACGAGGCCGGACAGAACUCGGAUGACUCUGAUGACAACGAUAAAGGUACGAAGAAAGCAGCGCCACCACCAGCGGAAGAAGACGAUUCGGACGGGGAAUCGAACCGCUCUGUCAAAAUGAAGAUCAAGUUGAAGGGCAAGGGCAAGAGCACGCCAUCGCGCAAGCGCAAGCAACGGAAAUACAUCUCCGAUGACGAGGACUAUGAAGAAGAUUAAACUUGUGCAACUAUUACUUUAGUAUCAAAUUGCUUGGUGUCCGCUUCUCCCAUGCUUAUUCGGCUAAUUUACUUGGAUGAUGUCAAAAGGGUGACUUUAUUAUACCAAAAGGAAUAUGUGUAGUAUUUCUAAUAGGCAUAAAUUUUAUAUAUUUUUAAUACCUUUAUAUUUAUCCAUAUCUAGCGCCGCGUCAUAAAAUAGUAUUCCUCUGCUAUUCAUGUAGUAUUCAAUAUCUCGGCGUAACAGGAUUCUAAUCACAUGCAUUUGGUCCGGUAACAAAGUAAAAAUAGAUGUUUUAUGUAAACCCUGCUGUAGGUUUUGUUUGUCUUUUAUAAUCUGACAGAAAUAGUAGUUUAAAUAGGCAAGUAAGUAGUAUUGUUGUCUGGGUUAAGAAGGAGACACAUUAAUUUUAAGGAUAUUCUAAUCUUAAGAUUUAUAUGUUUUAUGAUCUAUAAACCAUUAUUACUUUUACUUCUACAGAUUAUUUUGCUUUUGACAUUGCAUCGUGAAUUAUUGUUGGUUUUAAAAACUGAUACCAGAGUGCUCUAAAUUAUUUUCAUUAAUAAAUUGAAUUAUUAAAAUUUAACAUAAUUUUAUAACAUUUUUUAUCAAUAGAUUAUCAAAUGAAAGCAGUGUUGUUUCUCAAUAUUACAAAUACUUAUAUAUGUAAUGUAGCUCUUGACAUUGUAUUUCAGAUUAAAAUGUGAAUUUUCAA